GUUACACGCUAAAAACGAAGAAGAAGAACAACAACAAACUGUUGAUAACGGACACUCUUAAAAGAACACCUCACUUUUUUUCGAGCCACCGGUGUUAAUUAUUUGAGAGAAUGCUUACUUUUGUGUGUUUGUUGUCAUUCUGGCCAGUCGUUAACGCAGGUUCUCACUCACUGAUGGCUUUGGCAACAUAUAUAGUUGGAAAAACACAAUUUCCUGAGUUCAGUGUUGUGGUGAUGUUGGAUGAUGUGCAAAUAGUGUAUUAUGACUCAACCACAUGGAAACCUGUCUAUCGAUCUCACAGUGAUUCAAAAUAUUAUGAAGAGGAGCAAAGUGAUGCUGGUGUUGUAUUGCGUGAUAUGUAUUAUGACAUGAAAGAUCGAGCCUUUUAUCUUAAGGAGCACCAAAAUCACACAGAUGGUGUACAUGUUCAUCAGAGACUUGUUGGAUGUGAACUGUUGGCCAGCGAUAAACCAGGUCAGCUUCAUUACUGGGAUGCUUUUGGUGGACAAAAUAUGGAGGAGUUUAUAUUUGAUGUAGGAAAACACGCUAUCCAGAUAAAGAUGCCGUGGGUGAUAACAUGGGACCAAUUAAAACGGGUUCAUGAAAACUUUAUGUAUGAAAAUGUUUAUCAUCCUAUUUGCAUUAAAACUUUGAGAAGGUACCUGAAUAUGGAGAAGAACAACGUGCUGAGAAAAGUGAAACCCAGAGUCAGACUCAUGAGGAAGACGCUCUCAGACUCUCAAGGGCUUCAGAUUAGCUGUCUGGCCACUGGUUUUUACCCCCGUCACAUUAACCUGACCCUGUUCAGAGAUGGUCAGCCUGUGGAUGAUGAUCAGAUCACAGGAGGACAGAUUCUGCCCAACGGAGACGGAACGUACCAGAUGAGGAAGAGUUUGGUGAUCAGUGAAGAAGAGCUACGCCAGGAACAUAAAUACAACUGCACAAUGAAGCAUCUCAGUCUGGACAACAAACUGCACAUUAUCUUUGAUGUGGCUGAAUCUGUUCCAGGAUCAUCCACGCAGUCUGUAGUUUUCAUUGUGCUGGUGUUAGUGUUUGUGGUUGUUCUCAUCAUAACUGCACUCAUUAUAUGGAGUAAGGUUCAGUUUCAUUACAUCCGGACCCCAAUGCGGGAUUCAACUUGAAAGAAAUGAGCCUGUAUGAACUGAAACUGAUGAGGAAAACAAACUGAUACGCUUGGAAAUUGCUGGCACUAUACUCUGAUUAGUAGAGCUACAUAAAUAAAUUUGUAAUUGAGCCAC